AUGUCUCUCGCCGCCCCGCCUGCGUCCCACGAACAUGGCCUCGUCUACCCGCACCCCUUCCUCGACGCCCUCCCCGUUCUCCAGCCCCGCCCCGCCCCGCACCCCCCAGUCCGCGCGCUGUCCGCCACCCAGUUCGCGCAGAUGCAUCUCGACUACCUGACCAGCCAUGCGCCGGACAGCGUGCUAUUUCCGUUCCUGCACGGCCUCGAGGGCGACAACGACGCCCAGAACGCAUUCUUCGUCGCCUCGCCCCAGGCACACACCGUGCCCCGCUUCCGCGGACUCGUCUGGGUCGCCGCGGACGACGAGCACCCCGGUGCGGCGUCUUCGCCGGCUUCGACGCCGGAUAUCGACGCUGACCUGGAUGACGACCUGGACGACGACGAUGACGACUCGUUGACGGACUCGCUGGAGAGCAUCCCCGUCGAGAUGCCCGACAUGAUGGACAUCGACGUCCCCACGGACCUCGACUCGCCCUCGUGCGCGCCAGCAGAGAUCACAGCCAAGCCACUACCGACGCUCGACGCUCCUUCCCCGUUACUGCACCGUAUCAGUCCACGCACCCCGCCGACAGUCUUAACAUCGAGCUUCCGCCCGCGCGAGCUGCUGGAGCUGCGGACAGGCGAAGACGGCACGGCGUCGUGCGCAUUCGUCGAGCCGCGCGUGCCCGAGGGGAUCAGCCUGCGGAACUUUGGGAUCCAGGUGCGAAGGACGGGCGUUGCGCAUCUGGGCGGCGCAGGUGGCAGGUGUUCAACAGGCUAUGUGCUAGCCUGCUUCGGUCCCGGUCAGGUGCCUAAGGAUGACAUCGUCGUCUACUCGCCCAAAGGCGACAUUCGUGCCGCCCUCUCCCUCGCGGAGAAGUUCAAGCAUGCCGUCGAGGCCAAGCGUGCCGAACGGUGUGAGCGGUACCCCGACGUUGCGGACGACCUCAUUACAUACAACGUCUUCGUGCUUGAUGCUAGUCCCGCCGAGAUCUUCAAGACGCUCCCGCACCUCGUCAUGCGCACAGAAGAUGUCCCCGCCGCACACACGGAUAGCACCGACGCGCACGCUCAAGGCGAGGCACACCCAGCCCACCCGAGCGUUGAGGAGAUCGCCGCUCGCCUUCACCGCGCCAACAGCGUAAACUUUGCGUGCCGCGAGAAGGAGGAGAUGCGGGACCUCACGCAGGCGUCUGAGAUCGUCUCCGUCGCGGACCCUGUUGCGCACCUCUCCGACCCUGACGCACUUGCCGGCUCGACGACCGCGACGCGUUGGGAACCCUCUGUCGGCCAGGUCUUCCUCGGCAACACCAACGACGUCCCGCUCCCGCCUGAUAACCAUAUCCACCCGCGGCGCGGCGCCUCCGCACCUGCUGAAGACGAGGACGAGGAGGAGAAUGCGUUUGACUGGCGCACGAACGACCCCGUGCAAGGAUUCGGCUACGACAUCUGCAUCGAGUGCCACGACUUUGCGCCGUUUCCCACCUCUGCGCACGUCCGCGCAGCAGAGGACCAUCUUGGCGCGCUCGAGCGCCGAUGGGCGGAGAGGUGCGCAGCGGACCUUGCUGGUGUCGGUGAUGCGGAUGCCGCGCGCAUGUGCGUGCCGCCGCGCCCGCCUCCAAGUGCCGCUGCUGUGAUCCACCUACCGUUCCCGAGCUCGCCGCCCAGCACCGUGGGCACGAUGAAUUCGCUGCUCCCGUUCCUCGCGUUCCUGGAGAGCCUCCUUCAGCCACCAGCGCCCCUAACGCUCGCCGCGGCGCGCGCACAGCUCGCCCCACCCGCACCCUCGACGGAGAGCCAGAGAGCGACGGGCGAGCGCCGGCGCGCGGAGUCCGCGGCGGGCUUUAUGCCCAGCUCGCUCCCGCCACCGAGUGCGUUCCCGACGUCGUUCUUCCCGGCACAAGGGGGUGCGCCGCCUGCUGGCGCGUAUACGCGGACGCGCUCGACUUCUGCGACGUUCUUGCCCUCCCCGUCGACAUCGAGUGUAUCUUCGUCGUCGUCGUCGGCGACCUCGCCAAACGGGUCGCCGACUUCGUCAAACGGGUCGAUGACCUCGUCAAAUGGGUCCAGUGCGACGAGUCAAACGUCUGUGACCGGUUCUGGCGCUGACGGCACCGAGGGCGAGUGGGAAGAGCGCAUCGCGCUCCGCACGCGCCCCACGAAGAUCCUGGUGUACUCGGCGGACGGGUACACCGAGUCGUCAGUGCUUGCGCUGAGCCUCCUGAUGUACUUGCGCGAGAUGGCGCUGCCGGAGGCGUACCUGACCCUGCAGCUCGAGAAACGCCGUUCGUUCUUCGUGUACCCCGCAGACCUGCCGGUGCUGCGGCGCCUCGAGGGUAAGAUCGAGCGCGAGAGGGAGCGGGAGCGCCGUGGCAGUGAGGGCACUCGUGUGCGCAGAGGACGCGGUGUCGUGCUGGGGCUGGGCAGGGAGAGGGAGGGUGAGGGCGCGCUCAAGGGAGAGGAGGUAGAGAGCCCGACGGAGAUAGCGCGGGACGUCCAUGCAGCAGCAGAAGCAGCACAGGGUCAAAAACCGUUUGCCCGUCCUGCGGCACGGUCUGUGUCGUUCGCGGUGCCCCCAGCCAUCCAGCGCCCGGAUGGGCCGGCGAUGCGUCCGCUGAGAUCGCAGUCUGAGGCUGACUCGGGUGCGGCGCAGCUUUGGGGCGCUGGUAUGGGACGGCCCCGCGCGAGCACUUUGCCCGCGCCCGUGGCUGUGCGGCCGUCAAUUGGCGAUCACCAGAUGUGGUUCAACGACCCGCGGUUUGACGGGAGCUUCCCCAGCCGGGUGCUGCCUUUCCUCUACCUCGGCAACCUGAACCAUGCAUCGAACGCGUAUAUGCUUCAUGCGCUCGGCAUCACGCACGUCGUCUCUGUGGGCGAGUGCGCGCUUGUCCCGCCGCCUGCGCUCGAGGCGUCCAGCUCGCUCCCGUCAUGUACUUCUAACCCAGGCGCGCGAUUUGUCCCUGGCAAAGGGCCUGGCGGUCACGGCUCUCUCUUUAUCGAGGAGCGUGAGGGUCGCAUCAAGGUCCUCGACAUCAAGGGCGUGUGCGAUGACGGGAUCGACACCCUGGAGCCCCAGCUCGAGCCGAUAUGCGAGUGGAUCGACAAGGCGAGACAAGAGGGCGGAAAGGUGCUCGUGCAUUGCCGUGUGGGUGUGUCGCGCAGUGCUACCGUGACGAUCGCGUAUGUCAUGAAGCACCUUGGGCUGCCCCUCGUCGAUGCAUACCUCAUCGUCCGUUCCCGUCGCCUCUCCGUCCUCAUACAGCCGAACAUGCGGCUGCUGUAUAACCUCCUCGGCUGGGAGGUCAAGCUCGCAAAACAACGCGCUGGCGGCAGCGAGGACCUCCUCAAGGCCGAGCUCGCGCGCAGUUUGAACUGGCCAACCCUCGCGAAGGAGGUGCAUGCACUCAACGAGAAGUAUCUGCACUGAUUCGGUCCACCUGGGAUCGUGUUGCGUGUGUAUACUCUCCUGUUGUGGCCUCCCGCAUGGGUACCAUUCAUCCUCUUUUGCAUGUAAUUCGCUUGAUACCCCUCGCUCUGCAUCUGUUCUGCGGCACGCUUGCACAUCCUUCACAUCCGGAGGAUGUUGCGCCGCAACGCCCUGUAUCAACAAGUACCAUAGCAUCCUCGCCUCGCCAGCAUCACUCCUUCCUUUCCUGUCCGCACGUGUAUACUCUUUGUCUUAUACUGUCUGUUGUUCCACCGCCUAUUGUACUCGUAUGGGUCGGACCGUAGAUGCAUAUUUGCUAGUAAAUGAAUGCAUUGUUGUACAGUAGCAUCGUCGUACGAUAAUGUUCCCUACCGUAAAUGUGACAUAUAUGCAACUGCGCAGUGGUU